AUGUCACUUUGGCCGUUGGUUUUGGUUGCUUCUGUUCACGAGCGUGUGAGAGAACACUUGGCCCAGCGCUGCCGUUGCCGCGCCACAAGAAACAAACAGAGGAUUUGGAUCGCGCGGCCGGCAGGCAUGGCGCCGUUGGCCGCCUCCCCGCUCCUCCCCUCCCCCUCGCCGCCGUGCCAUCUCCUCCCCCAACGCCGCAGCGCCGGCAGCCUCCGCCCGCUGGCGCCUCGGCUCCCGCGCCUCUGCCGUGACGGCGGCGGCGACGGGUGCCAGCCGAGACGACUCCGGCAUGUCCGGCCGCCCCGCGCCGCGCCCAUCAUCGCGCCCGGCGACCAGUGGGGCAACUGGGCGUUCCUCCUCUCCGCCGCCGCCUUCGGCACCUGGGCGGAGGAGCGGACGGCGUGGGGCGCGGCGCUGAGCGGGGCGCUGGUGAGCAUCCUGGCGGGCCUGGCGGCGUCGUCAGUCGGGCUGGUGGCGCCCGGCGCGCCCGCGCAGGCCGUUGUCAUGGAGUACCUGCUCCCCGUCGCCGUGCCGCUCCUGCUCCUCGGCGCCGACCUCCGCCGCGUCGUCCGCACCACCGGCGACCUCCUCAAGGCCUUCCUCAUCGGAUCAGUUGCAACUGUAAUUGGCACGACGGUGGCCUAUCUGCUGUUCCCGAUGAGGUCGCUCGGCCAGGACGGAUGGAAGAUCGCCGCCGCUCUCAUGGGGAGCUACAUUGGCGGAGCGGUGAAUUUCGUGGCGAUCUCGGAGGCGCUGGGCACGACGCCGUCGGUGGUGGCAGCCGGCGUGGCGGCGGACAACCUCAUCUCGGCGCUCUACUUCACGGCCCUCUUCGCGCUGGCGUCCAAGAUACCGCCGGAGCCCAAGAGCGCCUCGUCCCCGCAGGACGGCGCGGAGCCCCGGGGCAGCAUGCCCGUGCUGCACGGCGGCGCGGCGCUGGCUCUGUCGUUCGCGAUCUGCAGGGCCGGCACGGCGAUCGCGGCGGGGCUGGGCGUGGCCGCCGGCGGCACGCUGCCGUGCGUGACGGCGCUGGUGGUGGCCCUGGCGACGGCGUUCCCGGGCUUGCUGGGCCGGCUGGCGCCGUCGGGCGAGACCAUGGCGCUCAUCCUGAUGCAGGUGUUCUUCACGGUGGUGGGCGCCAACGGCAGCGUGGUGGACGCGGCGACCAAGGCGCCCGCCGUGUUCGCGUUCGCGGCCGUGCAGGUGGCCGUGCACCUCGCCGUGGUGCUCGUGGCCGGGAGGCUGGCGGGGCUGGACAGGAAGCAGCUGCUCCUCGCGUCCAACGCCAACGUCGGCGGGCCCACCACGGCCGCCGCCAUGGCGACGGCGAAGGGGUGGAGCUCGCUCGUCGUGCCCAGCAUCCUCGUCGGCAUCUUCGGGAUCUCCAUCGCCACGUUCCUCGGCAUCGGCUUCGGCAUGUUCGUGCUCCGGAGGAUGUCCGGCUUCUAGUCAGUGCCUUUCUUUCUUCUUCUCCUGCUAGAGUAGAUUUUUUUGAGGCAAUCUUGUCCUGCUAGAUGGAGCUCAUAUGGAGUGUUUUUAACUCUUCUACUCCCUCCGUUGCUAAGUACUGUAUAAGUUUUUUUUAGGGAUUUCACUAUAAACUAUAUUUAGAGCAAAAUGAGUAAAUCUACACUCUAAAUACAUCUAUAGACAUCCGUAUGUGAUUCAUAGUGCAAUCUCUAUAAAGACUUAUAUUUAAGAACGGAUGAAGUAUUUUUGAGCGGUGAGUCAAACUUGUUUCA